UAAUAAGAUACGCUACAUAAGUUUCUCUGCUCGUGCUUUGACUAAAUCUGAACGCAAUUAUUCCACUACCAAGCGUGAACUAUUGGCUAUUGUCUACAUAUUCACCAAGUAUCAUCAGUGGUUGUAUGGUAAUCCAUUCACCCUUUACACUGAUCACAAAGCGCUUGUAUAUCUUAACACACAAGACAUCCCAAAUCCUAUGAUGCUGAACUGGUUUGAAACUAUUUUCAACUACACGUUCUCUGUCGUACAUCGUCCUGGUAUUGAUAAUGUGUUGCCUGAUGCUCUUUCUCGUUUGUUCUCUGAUGAGGAUAACAAACUGGAGGGGGGUAAAACUGAGAAAAUUUUAUCAAAUUCUUCUCAUACAUCAGCCACACAAACCAAUUCAGACACUACAGAUGGUAAUACAAAUCGCAUUGCUGCUGUCAAAGCAGUCGAUUACAUGACACCACCUCCUGAAGAGAGACACUCUCUAUUAUUAAACGCCCAUUUACUUGGUCAUUACGGAGCAGAUCAUAUUGUCACGACUCUCCACAACGAUAACCUACACUGGACAAAUAUGAAACAAGAAGCCUUAUCUCUUGUUGGCAAUUGUCCAGACUGUCAAUUAUACAACGUUGGCAAACACGGCUAUCAUCCACCUAGAAGUAUCCUCGCAGAUGCACCUGGUGAUCACUGGGCAAUGGACCUCGGUUCAUUCAAUGUAACCUCAUCUAACGGUAAUAAUUAUAUACUAGUUAUGGUUGACAUGUUUACACGUUUCACCAUACUAAGAGCAUUACCAGAUAAAUCCGGCGCUACUAUUGCUAAAGA